AUGCCUGCCUCGUACGCCGCGGCCAAGACAGUCGUAUUCUGGGACAUCGAGGAUUGCAAGAUCCCUGUUGGUCUCAGUGCUGGUGAGGUUUCGAAGAACAUUCGAACGUCCCUUGCUAAUAAGGGUUAUCAUGGUACGGUAGAAAUCAGGGCUUAUGGUGAAUCCAGAGAUGACUUGGUCUCCACCGGAAUUAAGUUGUAUCACUUUCCUACUGAAAAUAAAGAUGCCAGAGAUAAGCAGAUUUUAGUAGAUGUUUAUUUCUGGGCGGUUGACAAUCCUGAACGAGCAAAUGUGAUGCUAAUCAUGGGAGACAUCUCACAAGAAGAUUCCCUCAUCACGGUUCUUCAUAGUCUGAAAUCGGAGAAUUACAAUGUUCUCUUAGCACAACAUCAAAACGCAUCAGCUGUGCUACUGACCUUUGCUACCUCAUUAUGGCUUUGGGCAAGCCUUUCAGUGGGAGGAAUGCCUAUCGAGCAAAGCGGAACCUCUCAGAGCGUUGACAAUACUAAUUCUGCUUGUAGCGAAAGCUCACAAAAUGUUGCACCUUCUCCAACUUGUGUUACGCCGUCUGUUGUUGCACCUUCUCCAACUCGUGUUACGCCGUGCGGAAGGUCACGACGUAAUCGGCGUUCGAAACGUUAA